CUCCGUUAAUAAGGAAAGUGGUCUCUCCCUUUAUUUGCUGUGAUAAUCUUCUUGAGUCAUUUCAAUUGUACGUUAAACCCUAAACACUUCCUUCCUUCCCUAAACAAUCAAAACUCAAUCGCAAUUUCGAUUUCUCAGCGAGGAUAGACUGAAAAUGGGCAACUUAUUUUGCUGUGCACAAGUUGGGCAAUCAAAAGUUGCUAUUAAGGAGAAUUUUGGCAGAUUUUCUGAGGUACUUGAGCCAGGAUGCCACUUUGUUCCUUGGAUUUUCGGGAGUAGCAUUGCUGGAUAUCUUACACUGAGGUUGCAACAAUUAGAUGUGAAAAGUGAGACAAAAACUAAUGACAAUGUGUUUGUCAAUGUCGUUGCCUCUAUACAGUACCGUGCCCUGGCUGAUAAGGCAAGUGAUGCUUUCUACAAACUAACCAAUACAAGAUCUCAGAUUCAGGCCUAUGUCUAUGAUGUUAUUCGAGCCAGUGUCCCAAAACUCAAUUUGGAUGAUGUCUUUGAGCAAAAGGAUGAAAUAGCAAGAGCAGUGGAGGACGAACUACAGAAGGCAAUGUCUUCUUAUGGUUACGAGAUCGUCCAAACACUCAUUGUCGAUAUUGAACCAGAUAAGCAUGUCAAACACGCAAUGAAUGAGAUCAAUGCUGCUGCAAGACUGAGGGUGGCUGCCAAUGAGAAAGCAGAGGCCGAAAAAAUCUUACAGAUUAAGAGAGCUGAGGGUGAAGCUGAAUCCAAGUACCUCUCGGGAAUGGGUAUUGCUCGUCAGCGUCAGGCCAUUGUAGAUGGUCUAAGAGACAGUGUGCUUGGCUUUUCAGAAAAUGUUCCUGGGACCAGUGCUAAGGAUGUCAUGGAUAUGGUUUUAGUCACCCAAUAUUUCGACACCAUGAAGGACAUUGGAGCAUCAUCAUCUAAAUCUUCAACAGUCUUCAUUCCGCAUGGACCUGGUGCAGUUCGUGAUGUGGCUUCUCAAAUUCGCAAUGGGCUUCUCCAGGCUCAAAAUAUGCAUCAAUGAUGGCCAGAAAAGUAAAAAAAGUAAAGUUCUAACUUGUCAGAAAGUGUGGAAGGUAUUCUGAUCUGAAUAUUGUGCAUAAUUUGUUCAUAUUGCUUCAAUGCUCUUAGUUAAUCAUAGGAGUAUAUGGGAAUGAUAGCUAAAAUUGUUGAUAUGACCUGGCUAUUUGCUGAAGUUUUUUUUCCUUGUUUUCUCGUACUUAAUGAAACAAUUUAUACAUAUACAAUUUGGUAAUAACUUCAUUUAUCUCCAAUAGUAAUUUUUUGCCUGCUUUUAUGAUUGCCAUAUUAUUAUGAUUUUGAAGGCUAAAUAAGGAUUGUAGUUAGCACUGUUAGCCGCUGCUAUUUUUUAUUUUUAUUUUAUUAUUUUUUUUAAUCCAAUUU